CACCCUCCCUUAUUUUCAGUGGCUGUCGUCAACAAACUUGACGUGAUCACUACUGUGCUCAUCCUUUCCACCUAACCUAGUUUCCUUCAGAUCACGUUAUUUUUUAAACUAUUUUAUUUAUUUCGGCUCUUUAUGUGUGUCAGCUGCAGGCACGCAACAUGAUUUUCAAACACAGAAUCUCACAAAUCUCUUUGAGCGGUGUUUGGUGAGGGCUCAACGCAAUGCCCCGGGAAGCCACCGUUGCCAAAACUUGCCUCCAACUUUGUCCCCAAAGUAGUCAGGCUACCCGCGCAAGCCACAACACACCGUCACCGCAGCUUUCACACUUGUUGCACUUAUCCCGUGCGGAGAACAGAUCUCGGAGGGGAAUCCAUAUACUGGUUGUGUCGUGAUCAUGUUCCGCAAGAAUGCAACCAUAACACGCUCGGAUAAACGAGAGGUCCUUUCAGCUCGAUUUGACGUGUUGUAACACAUCUACUUCUUUACCUCUGAUACAAUGAUAUCUAGCACAAGAUGUCUGAGCUGAUAGACGCGGACACAAUCAAAGAAAACGGCAAGGACGUAGAGAAAACGUUAGACUGGAGUUACAUAGAAUGGCGUGAGGAUGAGUCAGCUAAAUGGACGAAUGCAGAGACGCAGACAGAGCUGGAGAAUUUUGAGGAUAAGCAAACGCAGACCAGCCACCCUUUCAUCAUGCGCAUAGACCUGGACCGAACUCACGCCAGACUGCGACACAUCUCCUUGAAGGAGUUCGACAACAUGCCCACCCCGCUCAUUCAGUUUGACAGACAGGCUCCCGCCAGGAUCUCCACAUCCCCCACUCUAAGAAGGAUGCGGAGCACCAGACAAAUGGACAUUACCAGCCCAUAUGAGGACUCUGGCCCGUGUGAGACGUCACCAAGGAAUCCUCUGUCUCCCUUGUACCGAUUGAAGUCUCCCCUCGCGGCCAGCGUGUCGCUCCCGACGGAGGGCCAGGUUCAGCGGGUCUGUCACCCGGAGUCCCCAGCGAUCCGUGGGAAAGCAAGAUCACUUAGAUCAAAGACUCUGGACAAUGGUGUCAUUUGCAAAAGGCCGGAGGCUCCAUGUGAAGGAGAGCUUGUCAGCAGCAGAAGCUUUGAAAGCACCAGUGAGGGUGAACAGCUGAAAGAACCGUCUCAUAGAAGGCUCCAGGAGCGCCGGCGGAGCUCGGUGGUGGUGAGCCUACCGGGGCUGGACGUGUCUCCGGGGGACCUCUUUGUGUCCAAUGGCGCAGCGGACAUUCUAAACCGCUCCACGUUCUCAGACACUAAGAAAUCAAAGUGGCCGUUCUCCAGGCGCAGCACGACUAAGGGAAAGGUGCGGACAGCCACAGACGUUGAGAAGUGUCUCUCCGCUUCUCAUAUUCAGGACUGGAGGGACUCGGACUUCCAGAGGUUAAAGGACUGCUCUCUGGAGGAGUUUCUGAGGGAGCACUCGCCCCCGCUCCAUGCCCAAGAGGACCCCAAGGCCUACAGGAAACAGGAAGCGAUCUGGGAGCUCUUCACCAGUGAGUGCGUCUACUUCCUGGACCAGCUCAUGGUUCUGAAGGAGGUAUUCCUGACCACCCUGAGCGAUCUGCAGAUGCGAGAUUGCCUGCAAGAUAUCGACUCCUGGAGGCUCUUUGCCAAUCUCAACGAGCUGUGCCUGGUGAGCUUUGACUUCCUGACCAGCCUGUUGCGUGUGAUAAAGGAGUCUUGGCAGGACUCAGACUCUGACAACACACAGGCCCUGCUGGCUCUGCUCAAAAAGACUUUCAGGGAGAGCAUUUGCCACUGUCUACAGAAGUACUGCUUGAACUACUCGGCUGCCAUCCUUUAUCUGGACAGCCUGAAGCCCAGGGAGGACUUUGGCUCCUACGUAAAGUGGUGUGAGCGGAACCAGCAGUGCCGUCGGCUGCAGCUGAGGGACCUGCUGGUGGUUCCCCUGCAGAGGUUCACGAGGUACCCGCUCCUCCUGAAGAACGUGGGCAAGAGGAGCCAGAGCCCAGAGGAGGAGAGCGCCCUGCAGGAGGUGGUGGAGCAGGUGGACAGAGCCAUAUAUGACCUGGAGGGGAAGGUGAAAUGGCUGGACAACUACCAGAAAGUCAAGCAGCUGAAGGAGGCACUGGUCUGGCUGCCGGUGUGGGAGAGGGACAAGCGAGCUUAUGUACCCGAGAACCUGAAGCACCUGCUGAAGGCCGUGACUCUGGAGAACCUCAUCACUCACCGCAGCCUGCUGCACGAGGGGAGGCUGGUCCUCAUUGAAAAUGCGAAACUCCAUGAAGUCUUUCUGUUCCUUUUUGACGAGUUUCUGCUGGUCACCAAGCUGAAACGGAAUAAAAAGAGGUCUGGUGGCGCUGACCAGAUUCAGCCGCGUCCAGGCCCGGGUCAGGAGCUGGAGCAGCUGCUGCAGGAAGGCUGCAGCUUCACCGUCCUGGACCAGCCCGUGUCCCUGGACCGCCUGCAGCUCAAGAAUGUGGACCAGCUCAAUGCUACAGCUUCAGGCCUGCCCCAUUCCUUCAUCAUCAUGCACCAGAACCGCUACCAGCAGUGCAUCGGCGUCUUCAUCCUGCAGGCCUAUUCAGAAGCUGUCAAGAAAACAUGGAUGACUGAGAUCGAGAGUGCCGUUACAACGCUUUUGAAGCAAGACUCGGGACAUUUCCAUGUCAAGAACUCGUCGGUCUGGCUGGAGUCCUCGCAAAUCUAAGCUUCUCUGCACCGAUCCUGUGAAGUGUUCCCAACAGACCCAACCCAGGUCCUCAGCAGGCUGGGCCUUGUAAGAACUCCCCGUCCAGAGACCAUUUUGCUGAGGCUCACCUCACCUGAAGCCUCCCCUGCCAGACUAGACUAGAACGCUCCUGAGCCUCCCAUCCAACCCAAUCUCAGUCCAAUCCCCAGCCCCUCCACCUCCCCACACAAGCUCCCUUACGCCUCAGUCCAAUCCCCAGCCCGUCCACCUCCCCACAGGCUCCCUUACGCCUCAGUCCAAUCCCCAGCCCGUCCACCUCACGCCUCAGUCCAAUCCCCAGCCCGUCCACCUCACGCCUCAGUCCAAUCCCCAGCCCGUCCACCUCACGCCUCAGUCCAAUCCCCAGCCCGUCCACCUCACGCCUCAGUCCAAUCCCCAGCCCGUCCACCUCCCCACACAGGCUCCCUCACUCCUCAGUUCAAAAGGGUGUGGACGAGGGAACAGUCGCUGCUAUGGCGGAUAUGUGUGCUACAGGCGACAUCCUGCGAAUCAGAAGGGUUAUCUCCCCUAUCAACUUCACCCAGUCACCUUCUACCUACUCACACACACAUGCAGUGAGAAUAGGGCAAUUACAAGCAGAGGAAGUCAAGCACAUAAUGUAGGUAUUAAUCUUUUCCAGUGACUCAGUUGAUGUAAAUGACUAGUUUUUUGUAAUUAAAGUUUUCCAUGAAAGUACUCUGUAGCUGA